GGCCAUGAAGCGGCGGGGGUGGUGUACCUCUCGCGGCUGCCACCGUUCUUCAAGCCGCCGCAGCUGCGCGAUCUGCUGGGCAAGUACGCCGAGGUGACGCGGAUGCACAUGGAGGAGGAGGACGCGGCCAAGGCGCGGCGGCGGAAGAAGCUCGGCGGCAACCGGCGGAAGAACUACACCGAGGCCUGGGUCGAGUUUGCCUCCAAGAAGGAUGCCAAAUCAGUUGCCACCAUGCUCAACGGCAACCCGAUGGGCGGCUCGCGGCGCAACUACUACCACUACGAUCUGUGGAACAUCAAGUACCUGCCGGGCUUCAAGUGGCACCACCUCUACGAGUCGCUGCGCAUCGAGCGCGCCACCCGCGAGCAGCGCAUGGCUCACGAGACGACGCAGGCCCGCCGCGAAGCCGAGUUUUACAUGCAAAAAGUCGAGCAGGCCAAGACGCUCGACGCCAUCGACCGCCGCCGCGAGCGCCAGGCCGACCGCAAGCGCAAGCGCGCCGGCGAUGCCGCACCCGCUGCCUCCCCUGCUGACGCCUCGACCCGCCGCCGCUCCAAAAUCCAUCGCAAGUUUGCCCAGCGGACCAUUCACGAGACUGCAGGCUCGUCGGGCUCUGCCCGGCCCAAGAUGUCGACCCAGAAGCUCUCGUCGCUCUUUGGCUGAGAGCCCACUUUACUGCGGCUUGAGCUUGGCCACAGGGCGCCCGCCGAGCGCCGCGACGAUGCGCGCGAGCAGGCCACUGCUACCAGCCGCGGCCAGCUGUGGUGCCGCUGCCGCCCCCGGCCGCAGAUGCAGGCCGCCGCGUCCGCAGGGCGCCCUCGUCGGCCACGGCGCCGCUGCCCGCGCACAUCCAACUGCGCAUGCCACGUACCCGACCGCGACCGCGAUAAGGCCCGAUACCGCCGUCGACGCCGUCGGGAGCCACGAGGCGAGAACUCGAGCGCGGUGGAGUGCAAGCGGGGCGUGGUCGACGUCGCCGGCGCGGCCGAGCGCCUCGCAGGCGACCGGAAGCGCCUCACAAAACGUGGUCUCGAACAUGCCGCGGAAGGCCUCCAUCCGCGCCGUAGCCUCGCUGUACGCCACCUCGUGUUUCAGCGCAGCGUGCGCAUCGUACGCGGCACGGGUGAGGUAGAAGCACGCCGACGCCACCCGCCGGCAGUCGGCCACCCGCUGCGCGAGCGCUGUCUCGGACGCGCACAUCGCCGAGUACACCGAUCCCGAGUUGUCAAACGAGACCAGCUCGAGCGUGGCAGCGUCGAUCAGCUCGGGCGUAUGCAGCAUGUCGGCGUAGCCCGCCAGGCACACCGCGCCGGCCGCGUUGGCGCGCAGCACGUCUGGAUGCCGCCGAGAGAGAUGCACGUCGAGGUAGUGCUCCGAGGUAAAUGCCUUGCCGC